AUGCGUCUCGAUCGGAAUCCAGACCGAUCUCCCUCACCUGUGUCUUCGUCAUCGGACACGGACGAUAUUGAUGACGAACAUGAAUAUGAAGCUGAAUUAUUAGAAAGUAUCGCUGAAAAAGAAGUGGAAUUAAACCAUACACAAGAACUAAUCAACGAGCGAAAUAGACAAGUACAAGCAACAUUAACUGAACUUCAACAAAUUAACAAUACUACCCUUAAAUCUGUCAAUAAUUUCACACUAUUUCCUACCUCUUUCCUCUUCUGUUGUGCAUCGGCAAAUAUUGUAUCCUGUCUGAGUGCAUUCAGUUGCUAUUUGACACGUUCUGAUACUUGA